UCCCUACCACAGCUGCUAGCACUCCUGAUGCUGUUGACAAAUACUUGGAGACACCUGGAGAUGAGAACGAACAUGCCCAUUUCCAGAAAGCCAAGGAGAGACUUGAAGCUAAGCAUCGUGAAAGGAUGUCUCAGGUCAUGAGAGAGUGGGAAGAGGCAGAACGCCAAGCAAAGAACUUGCCAAAGGCUGACAAGAAAGCUGUUAUCCAGCAUUUCCAGGAGAAAGUGGAAUCAUUGGAACAAGAAGCAGCAAAUGAAAGACAGCAGCUGGUGGAGACUCAUAUGGCACGGGUGGAAGCCAUGCUGAAUGAUCGUCGCCGCAUUGCUCUGGAAAACUAUAUCACAGCCCUGCAGACUGUCCCACCCAGGCCUCGUCACGUAUUCAACAUGCUGAAGAAGUACGUGCGUGCUGAGCAGAAAGACAGACAGCAUACUCUCAAACACUUCGAACAUGUCCGCAUGGUAGACCCAAAGAAAGCUGCCCAAAUCAGAUCUCAGGUUAUGACACAUCUACGUGUGAUAUAUGAACGCAUGAACCAGUCUCUCUCCUUCCUGUACAAUGUGCCUGCUGUGGCAGAGGAGAUCCAGGAUGAAGUCG